AAAUUGCACCGAGAAUAGAAAACGUUUCGAGUCCAAUGAGGUGCCUUCGCUUGAAAUAACCUCGAGGCUAUUCAUUAACACACGAAUUUGGAUCUCGUUUUGGCGGACCCAAAAUAUGGAGUAGAAAAGCCCGUGUCAUCAAGGGACUUUGUACAGUUUAGUGAGAACACAAAGAUGUCAAAGAGGAACCAAUCAAAAUGGAUUUUCAUAAUCCUGACAACCCCUCUUGGUCUAUUUGUAUCUCUCUCCAAAACCAAUAAACAUGACAUUUUUCCCCUCAUUUGUCUCAUUACGGAUCGCUACCAGUUCCAACUCGUCAGACCAGUAUAAAAAGCAAAGCCCAGUCGUCCCAGGGUUACCAUUUCAUCCCAAGAUGAAGACCCGAACACAACAGUAUUCUCAGCAUGACUGGCAACACCGAUUUGCAAUCCUGACCAUGUCAGUGUUGGCUGGUGUCCUCUGGAAUAUCAACGGAUCGGGGGCGAACGGGCAACCAGCAAUAGUUGGGGAUUCAAGGGCUAUUUGGUGGCCUCAAAACCAUCUGGCUUACCCAAAGGAUUCUAAAGAGGAAUCAAAUAUUAAUCAGUUGUUAUCAUCUGAGGCUAAUGAGAAGUCAGACUUGGGCAGACAUAUAGGAUUGCAACGCAUAGCUUGGGCUUUGGAACAUGGAAGUCGAGAAGAACCUGCAAGGGAAGUUCCUAAGAAUCACUUCGACGAGUUUGGAACACGGGGACUCACUGCCAGUGGGAGCAAGAUCUGGAACGGAAAGAGGUUUCUUGGUGUCAAUGCAUUUCUGCCCAAGCGGAGUCUAGAGGAGGCCAUUAGUGAAUACGGAAGGGUUAUCAAGCGCUCUGGAAUCGGUGCCCCUCAGUUGGGAUCGCCAUCCACGCUACUCAUCACCGUUCCUAAAACCAAAUAUUCCGAGAUCAAAAUGCCAGGAGACUUUCGAAUCAUGAAGAGGAGCUAUUAGCUUAAUGACCAAACCCACAAGCGCACAUCCCCAACUGAAACCGAGACGAAAAUGCGAGAUUAUCCAAAGACAUUAGAAGCGAGGCUUGUUUGAUGAUCCCGUCUUUUUGCUUAAUUGAUGCAAUAACUUUUUCCUUAUCCUAUUCAUAAUUGGUGUUUGAAAGAUUUCUUCGAUAGAACAACUUCAUAUGAGGCUCACGCCAAAGUUGGGCCUCCAAUCAAGAGCAAAAGUUUAACAUAUCCAAGGCAAUCCGUAACAAAGAUAUACCUAUAUUACGUGCUACGUCAUAAGAUGGUGCUAAACAUUUGUUAUCGGCAAUAUCUGGGGAGGAAAAUGUCGAAGUUCAGUAAUGCAACUAUCUUACAAAAAAGAAAUGUUUUUUUCGUAUAUUAAGAUUCUAAAGAAGGAAAUAUACUUGUUGUUCUUUGCACUGUA